CCAGCGAGCGCCGCCUCCCGCGGCCGCCGCGCCCGACAGCGCGCCCCGGAGCGUGCCCAACUCGCACAGCCUGCGCUGACCUCCGCGAGGGGCACCGCGGCCGGCACGGCCACGUCCCGGGCUUCGGAUGGUUCGCGUGCUGCCCACUCUCGCCCGCCGCUGACGCCGCGGACCUCAGGUCCGCAGACCCGCCGCGGCGCCGACGACAGUCCAGCCGAGUCCCGCUCCCUCGCCGGGGAUGGCCCGUGGCUUUGUGCAAGCAUGAGGACUGUUGAAUAAAGGAAAACUUAAAGAAACAUUGUACAGCAGUUUGGAUUUCCCCAAAGAAGAAAAGAAGGAAAGGUUAUCUGAUCACAUAUUAAUGACAUGGAUGGAGUUCCUACCUCUGCCACGUUGCUGGUUUUCUUGGGCAUGCCAUCUUCCCCUCAGACCUUCAUUUCUUGACAAGAUAAAAUAACUGUACCAACCUCAUGAGGACCAUGGUCAACAGCCACUGUCUGAUGUCCUGUGACUGAGAAGCUGGCUGUUUGACUUUGUUAUGAUGCCUUUGGAGAUGGAGCCCAAAAUGAGCAAACUUGCCUUCGGGUGCCAGCGGAGCUCCACGUCAGAUGACGACUCGGGCUGUGCGCUGGAGGAGUACGCCUGGGUCCCCCCAGGCCUCAGACCCGAGCAGAUCCAGCUCUAUUUUGCUUGCUUACCAGAGGAAAAGGUUCCUUAUGUUAACAGCCCUGGAGAGAAACACCGAAUUAAACAGCUUUUGUACCAGUUGCCACCACAUGAUAAUGAGGUGCGGUAUUGCCAGACUUUGAGUGAAGAGGAGAAAAAAGAGUUGCAAGUGUUCAGUGCUCAGCGGAAGAAAGAAGCACUCGGAAGAGGGACGAUUAAACUUCUGUCCAGAGCAGUGAUGCACGCUGUGUGCGAGCAGUGUGGGUUGAAAAUAAAUGGAGGUGAAAUUGCAGUGUUUGCCUCUCGAGCGGGCCCUGGAGUAUGCUGGCACCCAUCCUGUUUUGUCUGCUGCACGUGCAACGAGCUGCUGGUCGACCUCAUCUAUUUUUAUCAGGAUGGAAAAAUUCACUGUGGCCGGCACCAUGCUGAGCUGCUCAAACCCCGGUGUUCAGCAUGUGACGAGAUAAUUUUUGCCGAUGAGUGCACAGAAGCAGAGGGUCGCCAUUGGCACAUGAAACACUUCUGCUGCCUUGAGUGCGAGACGGUCCUGGGGGGACAGAGGUACAUCAUGAAGGACGGCCGCCCGUUCUGCUGCGGCUGCUUCGAGUCCCUGUACGCCGAGUACUGUGAGACCUGCGGCGAGCAUAUUGGUGUGGACCACGCGCAGAUGACCUACGAUGGGCAGCACUGGCACGCUACAGAGGCCUGCUUUUCCUGCGCCCAGUGCAAAACCUCUCUGUUGGGAUGCCCCUUCCUUCCCAAACAAGGUCAGAUUUAUUGCUCAAAGACAUGCAGCCUGGGUGAAGACGUCCAUGCCUCGGAUUCUUCGGACUCUGCAUUCCAGUCGGCUCGAUCAAGAGACUCCAGAAGAAGUGUCCGGAUGGGCAAAAGCAGCCGGUCAGCAGAUCAGUGUCGACAGUCUCUCCUCUUGUCCCCUGCUCUGAACUACAAGUUUCCUGGCCUUUCAGGCAAUGCUGACGACACGCUUUCUCGGAAACUGGAUGAUCUGAGUCUUUCCAGGCAAGGAGCAAGUUUCGUCAAUGAAGAAUUUUGGAAAGGCAGAGUAGAGCACGAAACCCCAGAAGACCCUGAAGAAUGGGCUGAGCAUGAAGAUUAUAUGACGCAGCUGCUCCUCAAGUUUGGUGAUAAAAGCCUCUUUCAGCAGCAGCCCAAUGAGAUGGACAUUCGAGCCAGUGAGCACUGGAUAUCUGAUAACAUGGUUAAAAAUAAGACCGAGUUAAAGCAAAAUAACCAGAGCCUUGCAAGUAAAAAAUACCAAUCUGAUAUGUAUUGGGCACAGUCACAAGAUGGACUGGGCGAUUCUGCUUAUGGCAGCCACCCGGGCCCUGCGAGCAGUCGAAGGCUCCAGGAAUUGGAUCUGGACCAUGGGGCUUCGGGAUAUAAUCAUGAUCAAACACAGUGGUAUGAAGAUUCCCUGGAGUGUUUGUCAGACUUGAAACCAGAGCAGAGUGUUCGGGAUUCUAUGGAUUCUUUGGCUUUGUCUAAUAUCACAGGGGCUUCGGUGGAUGGAGAAAGCAAGCCAAGGCCAUCGUUAUAUUCUCUGCAAAACUUUGAGGAAAUAGAGGCAGAAGAUUGUGAGAAAAUGAGCAAUAUGGGGACUCUGAACUCUUCCAUGCUGCAUAGGAGCACAGAGUCCUUGAAGAGUCUCAGUUCAGAGUUGUGUCCAGAAAAAAUCCUGCCUGAGGAGAAACCAGUCCAUCUGCCAGUGCUCCGAAGGUCCAAGUCUCAGUCCAGGCCACAGCAGGUCAAGUUUUCGGAUGAUGUCAUUGACAACGGAAGCUAUGAGAACAUCGAAAUCCGGCAGCCGCCGAUGAGUGAGAGAACUCGGAGACGGGUGUACCAUUUUGAAGAAAGGGGACCCAGGUCUCAUCACCAUCGCCGCAGAAGAAGUAGGAAGUCCCGCUCAGACAAUGCUCUGAACCUUGUUACAGAAAGAAAACACUCUCCCAAGGACAGGCUGCGGCUUUACGCCCCUGAUAACUAUGAGAAGUUUAUCCAGAGUAAGAGUGCCCGGGAGAUCCAGGCCUACGUCCGGAACGCUGAGCUCUACGGGCAGUACGCCCACGCCGCUUCCAGCUACACCCUGCGGAGCCCGGGGGCGCCUCGAUUCCUGGGACUCUACGGGGAAGACGAUGGCUCCUGGUGCUCCUCCACCACCUCCUCCUCCUCCGACUCAGAAGAAGAAGGAUACUUUCUUGGACAACCAAUUCCUCAGCCCCGGCCGCAGAGAUAUGCAUACUAUACAGAUGACCUUUCUAGUCCAACUUCCGCACUCCCCACUCCUCAGUUUGGCCAGAGGACAACUAAAUCCAAGAAGAAAAAGGGACACAAAGGCAAAAACUGUAUCAUUUCUUAACCGAGUAGCUGUGGAGAUCGUAAGCUUAGCCAUUAACCAUCUUAAAUCGUAUCUUUUUUCUUCCAUAGGAGAGUUGCUAAAAUAGAUUCAAGUGCUUUGCCCAUGUAAAUGAGACCCCGACUGCUGUUUACAGUGUCAGAUUAACCUUUGGAAGGUGUGAUUUCUCCAUUUACCCUGCUUGGAUGGUGCCAGGUGGACGUGACCUCUUGUGCCUGUCGGGUGCAUCACAGUUUGAUACAGCUGCUUUGAUCUCCAACCCUCAAGAGAUCCUCAAGAACCUGUUGAGAGGUGAUUGGAUGGGGGUGUUGAUUUUAGACAAUGGAGAACUUGAGCCACCUUUGUAAAGCACUAGUGUUUGUCCUUUAUCUGCGCCAGGUUGGCCCAGGUCCUGACAGUCUGUCCUGUUGUGUGGCAUGCACGCAGUCAUGUGACCCAGCCAACACUGUGCAUCCCAUCAUGCGAGGCCACGUCGUCCCCUUCCAACUCUCAUUAGCCAGGUAAACAUUCUAUUGUAUUAGCUCCAGCUAGAGAUCGAAAAGAACAUUGCUAUUUAUAAUGUAGUAUUUCAUAGACUUAAGUGUAUUCCUAAUUUAACGGUGCAAAUAUUAAUGUAUAUACUGUACAGUUCAGAUUUUAAAGCUGAUAUUUUUAUAUCCCUGAAAUGUAAGAUGUUUGUUACACUGCAGUGCUAGAUUUGUUAGGGAACCAGAAACAGCAUUUAUGGAUGAAAUGAUUGCUUGUAUUUUAGUCAGGGUUUAUAAGUUUAGAUGGUCAAAUUUAUAUUGCCUAGUGAUGGAAAGUUCCCUUUUUUUUUCCAUAUUAAAAAGGCUCUGUAUGCAUGGUG